UUUUUUCGCUUUCUUCUUUCCAAAAUUCAACUUUCAAAAUCGAUUUUUUAUUUCUUGUUGCUGCUGUUGUUAACCAAUUCACACACACGCGCACACACUUAAACUCAAACUCUAACAUUUUAGACUUUCGUUAUACUUUUAAAGGGCCUAUUAAACAAAAUGGCGCUGGCAGACCGCAAUCGCGUUAUUAUUUUGGAAGACCGCGUGGACAAUAUCUCGGGGGCAGAUUUCCCCUUGAGCUUCGACGGACAGCAGAUUCCUUUUACUCUGAGCGGGUUCAAGGAGUCAUUUGACCUCAAGAUCAUCUACGUGACACCCACAGACAUUGAGUUUGACCUGAUUGGCGUCGAUGCGUCUAUCGCCAACGCUCUGCGCCGCAUUCUGAUUGCUGAGAUCCCGACAAUGGCCAUUGAAAAGGUGUACAUGGUCAACAACACGGGCAUUGUGCAAGACGAGGUACUAGCACACCGCCUGGGUCUGAUUCCGAUCAAGGCCGAUCCGGACCAGUUCCAAUGGAAGCGGCCAGAGGAAUCGCCCACGGACGUGAACACGGUGGUGUUCAAGCUCGAGGUCAAGUGCACACACAACCCCAAUGCAUCGGCCGACGAGAAGGAUCCCAAAGUGCAGUACAUAAACAGCUCAGUGUACAGCAAUCAGUUGAUCUGGGAGCCCAAGGGUGAUCAGGAGGAAAGGUUCGCGAUGGAUCCGAUCAGGCCCAUCCACGACAACAUUCUCAUUACCAAGCUGCGCCCAGGACAGGAGAUUAGCUGCGAGCUGCACUGCGACAAGGGUGUCGGCAGGGACCAUGCAAAGUACUCUCCGGUGGCCACAGCCUCCUACAGGCUGCUGCCGGACAUCCAGAUUCUCGAGGACAUUACCGGCGAGGACGCAGAGUUGUUCCGCGAUUGCUUCCCGCCGGGCGUUGUUGAGAUUGUGGAGGAGGGCGGCGUGAAGAAGGCCAAGGUUGUCAAUGCCCGCAAGGACACUGUAAGCCGUGAGGUUUUGCGUCACAAGCAGUUCGAAGGCAAGGUGCGUCUUACUCGUGUGCGCGACCACUUUAUCUUCAACAUUGAGUCGACGGGCGCCAUUUCCCCUGAAAAGCUUGUCAGCCAGGCGCUAGACAUUUUGAUCGAAAAGUGCGAUAUUUCCAAGGCUGCGAUGGCCAACGUGAUGAAGGGAGGUGUUGAGGAGGAAGACGAAGAGUAAUAGAACAAUAUAUAGGUAUUUGUUCUUGUUAAAUGCAAUUAAGUAGAAUACGAAAGGAAG